GCGCAUACAAGACCUCGAAAUCGCUGAUCUGGUAUCCUGCAUAUGUCAGCUUGUAAUUCCAGAAAUGAAACCUCUCAAAAGAUCAAAAUUUUCCUUGUUUUGAUCUUUGGGGUGCUCUGUUUUCGCAGGUCAAACUGAGAAAUUUGCCCUAAUGAUGCCGAUUUCUUCUCCGUCCCAUAUGGGUACUUUCGCUAAUAAUGAGAACCCUACUGAUUUGGGGAUCCCACACAUAGAUAUCCAUCAAGAAAUCUUCCCAGAUUAUUUUGGUGGACCAGCUUCCCCUCCGAGUGAGCCGGAACACAAAUUUCCGGGAAAUGAUAUCAAUAAUGGAGGUAGCCAUUGUGCGCCUGUAACUAAAGAAAAUAAUUCCCUUCCACGAGUUCUGCCCGGUAGUAGUGGAGAAGGAUUACCUUAUGCACCUAUACAUUGGCCAAAUGUUGGUGAUAUUUGGAGCUGGAGAGUGGGGAGGAAGGUCAACAGUUAUGGCUUCUACAGUGAUAGAUUUCUCAAGGUUCCGAAAAGCCUCCGAAAGCCUAAUAUUCCAAAAGUCUUUUCAAGCAAGCCAUCACUUGAACGUUUUCUCCGAUCGAAUUUCCCAGAUACAGAUGUUAAUGCGUUCUUUGCGUCAUUUGUUUGGAAGAUUCCUGCCGUUGUGUCGCUGCCUUAUCCAUCUUCUCCCACACCUUCUGUACCAGCACAAGAAAUGGGAGAUGAUAAAAAACAAAUUAACAAAGUGACUCCCCAUGCAACUGAAAGGAAGAGGGCUCCUCACACUUCCCCGUUAAGUACUCAGAGUUCCAGCGACGGUAAAAAGAUGCAGAAGACAACUAAAGGAUUAGCCGGACCUAAGCAACAGACUCACCUGCAACUUAAAGAUUCCGCCCCACUCCCAUCCGAAAUUCAAGAUACAAAUGACGGUCUCGACGUGUCUUUCUUAGACAAUGAAAUGGGAAGAGCGGAGUUCGACAACUACCUCAAUUCUUUGGAUGAGAUACUUGUUCAGCCUUGGUUUCAAGAACCAUUUUACCACCCGGCAACGAUGCACAACUUCUUUGCAGCAGAAGUAGAAAUGGCUGAAGCUCGAAGGAAACUAUCGUCGUUUCUUAAUAUGGAUUUCCAUUCACUGAUUUGCAUCAAAGAUGUUGAUGAACUCGCGAGUCUUGCGUCCAAACUCCAGAAGGAUCCUACCCUGACUGCCGAACAACUUGUAAAGCUGAAGUUAAUAGAAGAGAUUCCAACAUUCGGCAUCGUGUUCCUCGAGAAUAGGGAAGUAAUGGAGCAGGCAGACCAGUUCUUUAGAACCCUCAAGGAAAACAAGGCCAAGGUUACUUCACUGAAACAAGAAUAUUGUGAGAUAAAACAAGUAGUAACAAAUCUGCAGUUCGAGGUAGAUUCCACCACAAUGGCUGUGCAAAACAUCGACAAUCAGAUAGCACAACUUGAAGCUCGUCGUGCCGAGGUCACAAAGCUGAUAGAUAAGAAGAAGAGAGACAAGGAUGAAUUGAUUCACAACCAAAAGUUGGUGGCAAAUUCAAUCCCGAAAGUUGUACAUGAAGUUCAGCUCGCUAACGCCAGAAAACCAGAAUGGGAGCUAAAGAAGGAAAGCGGAGUAAGGCGUGAGGCCGAAAUACUUGCUAGAUUUGCUCCCCUAAAAGGGUUUGCCCUUUGAAAAACCACAAUGUCAUUGUCUGCUAAGGUGGUUAUGAUAAUUAAACUGUUAUUUUGCUUUACUUUAUCAGUGGGGGAAUAUGGAACUCAAAUUGACACUAUCAUUUAGUGUUUGUAUUUUAACUUACUUUGGGAAUUAGUAUAAUGUUAUAAUAAACUUAUAAUC